AUGUUGAGCAUAAGUGAAGUUCUUGUAGCAGUGGCUGCAUUUCUUCUAAUUGCGCAGUUUUUAAAGUUGCAGCGAGUGCGGAAACGGUUUCCUCCUGGACCAGUCCCUCUCCCAGUCCUUGGGACACUGAUACAGCUGAACUUUCAGUUUAAUCGUGACCUUCUCAUGCAGCUGGCAAAAAUUCAUGGCAACAUCUUCACCUUAUGGUUUGGAUGGGCCCCAGUGGUUAUUCUGAAUGGAUUUCAAGCAGUGAAGGAUGGCAUGACCACACACCCCGAAGAUGUUUCUGGCAGGCUGGUGUCACCUUUCUUCAGAGCAAUGGCCAAAGGAAAAGGAAUUAUGUUGGCAACUGGUCACACCUGGAAGCAGCAGAGGAGGUUUGCUCUGAGGACUUUGCGCAACCUUGGUCUGGGGAAAAGAGGUCUGGAGUACCGAGUGCAAGAAGAAGCUCACUACCUGGUAGACUUCUUUGCAAGUAUGAAAGGGAAACCUGUGGAUCCUUCUUUCCCUCUUGUCCAUUCUGUCUCAAACGUAAUUUGUGCUGUCGUGUUUGGACAUCGUUUCUCCAGAGAGGAUGAGGGCUUUCAUGAGCUAAUCAAAGCUACAGAACAUCUCUUCAAGUUUGGGGGAAGCUUUAUUCAUCAUCUCUAUGAAAUCUUCCCCUGGCUGAUGAGCCGCCUCCCUGGGCCCCACAAGAAGGCGUUGGCUUGUUAUGAUGUCCUGAGCAACUUUACACGGAGAGAGAUCCAGAUGCACACAGAGCGUGGGACACCAGAGGAGCUGCAGGAUUUCAUUGACUUCUACCUGGAUCACAUUGAAAAAUCCAAAGAUGAACCCAGGUCAACAUACAAUGAAGACAACAUGGUUUAUUCUAUAAACGACCUUUUCUUGGGUGGAUCAGAGACAUCAAGCACUACUUUGAACUGGGGCCUUCUCUAUAUGGUGGCAAACCCAGACAUCCAAGAGAAGGUGCAGAAGGAGCUAGAUGCUGUUCUGGGUCCCUCCAAGGUAAUCUGCUAUGAGGAUCGGAGAGAGCUGCCCUACACAAACGCUGUGAUCCAUGAGAUCCAACGCUUCAGCAACAUCAUUUCAGUUGGCAUGCCCAGGGUGUGUGUGAGGAACACAACCUUGCUUGGCUUCCCCCUCAAAAAGGGCACCAUAGUUCUUCCAAAUAUUGCAUCAUCUUUGUAUGACCCAGAGCAGUGGGAAACACCUCGACAGUUCAACCCUGGUCACUUCUUGGAUAAGGAUGGAAACUUUGUGGCCCAAGAAGCCUUUUUACCAUUCUCAAUAGGGCACCGGGUGUGUUUGGGGGAGCACUUAGCCAGGACCGAGCUGUUCAUUUUCUUUGCCAGCCUGCUGCGGGCGUUCACCUUCCGCCUGCCCGAGGGAGUGACCGCGGUCAGCACGGAGCCCGUGCUGGGGGGCACUCUGCAGCCCCAGCCCUACAGGCUCUGUGCCAUCCCACGCUAGGCUGCACGUGGGCACUGUCACAGACCAUCUCUGAAACAUCCUUCUGGUUUUUCUGAACGCAUCUCUUGAGAACAUAUAAUGCUUUUUGUAUUGGAUUUGAAUUUCUAGUUCAAAAGCCACCUUUUGUCUACAGUAGGUUAUUUUAUCUAGUCCCUGUUGCCUGCUCAUGAAGGUGAUCUUUUUUCGUUGUAAAAAUUCUUUUGAUCUGUAAGACCUCCAUCGUUCUCAGGCAUAAAGGCAUCUUGCACUUGCUGUCUGGCCUGGCGGGUAUAAAUCUGUGGCACAAAAUUUACUGCAAGACUUCAAAAAUUCAUUCAUUAUACUGUUUCCAAAAGCAAUUUGGGAAAACAUACCUGGAAAAUUCUGCCUCAAUUUCGCUAUCAUCAAUAGCAACAUUUCAGUCAACUUUUUGUUGAUGGUGACUAAUAAAAAAUAUGAAGGAAAAAUUAACAACUGAUUUUAUUUAUAGAUGACUUACAGUUUACUGAGAAUUUCUGGAUUUGAUGAAGAAAAACAUGUGUAAGGCAUCUUUAAACCUGGCAGAGAAUACCUGAGUCCAGCAGUGAAAAGGUGCAGGCUGAAACCUGGUGAAGAAUGAAGAUACAGAAAGAAGAUUUCUUUUGGGGCACACACUUUCAGCAUUUUAAAAGUCUGACAAGUCAAUUUUUGGAAAGCCUUUUCUAACAACUGUUUACUCCCGUGCCUGACUCCUUUUAGGAUCAGCAAAGGGCAGCUGCUACACCAGGUGCAAGGAACUUCCCAAGGUUCAGUUUGGGUGAGGAACCUGCUUUGGUUCAAGAUGAUGGUAAAUUGAAAAAUCUUCAUGGAAAAUGCCAAAGAUACUUUCUAAACCCCUCAGCAACUCAGCUUCCUGAAGCCACAAAGGGAUGCCGUAUACACAAUUACUAGUCAAAUGCAAUUAAAGAGUCUAUAAUUAGAGGAAAGGAAAAAAUGGGUUCCUAUGUUAUGUAUUUAUAUUAUUUGUAAAUGCC